ACAACAACAACAAACAGCUUUUUGUGCUCAGUGUCAAAUCGUGGCAAUAAUUGCAGCAGCGCCAUCGCCAACAACAGCAUUCACAACGGCUGCCACAAUUGCCCCAACACCUGCCGCGAGCAACUACACAAAGGUGAACGACUAUCCGUACGCUGAUCUCCAUCAGCAUCAGCACCAUCACUUCGCUAGCACAGCGCCCCUGACCAGCGCCGAGAGCUUCAAGCUGCGCUCCGAGGAGCCGGUGCCGGGCUUCAGCUCGGCCUCGCCGUGGCCCACUUUGGAGCUGGGCAUGGAAUGGGGACGCAAGCUCUAUCCCACCGCGGGCCCCCGAUCCGCUGGCGGCUUGAUGUUCGGCCUGCCGCCCUCAGCGGCGGACAUGAACCAGCCACGCGGACCGAUGACAUCCCUCAAAGAGGAGCCGCUGGGCGGCCGCUGGGCCAUGCAGCCGGUCGUCGAUCAAAGCAACCUGGGCAUUGGACGCGCCCACUUUGAGAAGCAGCCGCCCAGCAAUUUGCGCAAAUCGAAUUUCUUUCACUUUGUGAUUGCGCUCUACGAUCGCGCCGGGCAGCCCAUCGAGAUAGAGCGAACGGCCUUCAUCGGCUUCAUCGAGAAGGACUCCGAAUCGGAUGCCACAAAGACCAACAAUGGCAUCCAGUAUCGCCUGCAGCUGCUCUACGCGAAUGGUGCCAGACAGGAGCAGGACAUAUUCGUGAGGCUCAUCGAUUCAGUUACCAAAGCAGCCAUCAUCUACGAGGGCCAGGACAAGAACCCGGAGAUGUGCCGUGUCCUGCUGACGCACGAGGUGAUGUGCAGCCGCUGCUGUGAUAAGAAGAGCUGUGGUAACCGCAAUGAGACGCCAUCGGAUCCCGUCAUUAUCGAUCGCUUUUUCCUCAAGUUCUUCUUGAAGUGCAAUCAGAACUGUCUCAAAAAUGCUGGCAACCCACGGGACAUGAGAAGAUUUCAGGUUGUUAUCGCCACCCAAGUGGCCGUUGAUAGAGAACUGCUGGCCAUCUCGGACAAUAUGUUCGUGCACAAUAACUCGAAGCACGGACGCCGCGCCAAGCGACUGGACACAACGGAAGGUACAGGCAACACAUCCCUGUCCAUAUCCGGUCACCCCCUAGCGCCCGACAGUACCUACGAUGGCCUCUAUCCACCUUUGCCCGUGGCCACGCCCUGCAUCAAGGCGAUAUCGCCCAGCGAGGGCUGGACCACAGGUGGCGCCACAGUCAUCAUCGUGGGCGACAAUUUCUUCGACGGCCUGCAAGUGGUCUUCGGCACAAUGUUGGUCUGGAGCGAGCUGAUCACGUCGCACGCGAUACGGGUGCAGACACCGCCGCGACACAUACCCGGCGUGGUCGAGGUGACGCUCUCCUACAAGAGCAAACAGUUCUGCAAGGGCUCACCCGGACGCUUCGUCUAUGUCUCUCUCAAUGAACCCACAAUCGACUACGGCUUCCAGCGACUGCAGAAGCUGAUACCCAGGCAUCCCGGCGACCCGGAGAAGCUGCAGAAGGAAAUCAUACUAAAGCGCGCCGCAGAUCUCGUCGAGGCACUCUACUCCAUGCCCAGAUCGCCCGGCGGCUCCACCAGCUUUAACUCGUACGCUGGCCAACUGGCGGUGAGCGUGCAGGAUGGCAGCGGCCAGUGGACCGAGGAUGACUAUCAGCGCGCCCAAUCGAGCAGCGUCAGCCCACGCGGCGGCUACUGCAGCAGCGCCUCAACGCCACACAGCUCGGGCGGCUCAUAUGGCGCCACGGCAACCACCGCUGCCGUUGCAGCCACAGCCAAUGGCUAUGCGCCCGCACCGAACAUGGGUACGCUCUCCUCAUCGCCAGGCAGCGUCUUCAACUCAACUUCAAGAGUCAGCAGCUUGAGCUUCAAUCCAUUUGCCCUGCCCACCUGCAACACACAGGGCUAUAGCACCAGUCAGCUGGUGACAUCCAGUAAAUAAUAUUAUUAUUAAGGUAGUCGGAUGUCCUUGCUGAAGUAGCACACACACUCACACACACGCACACACACACACACACACAUCCAAAAGUAACCAAUGAAAAUGAAACAAAAACAAAAAGACGCUCGAAAGUGCAA